AUGACAGUGAGUUAUCAAUACGACGUUGCUUCUUCUACAUCAGGAGGGUUGGUGAAGUUGUUAUUACGAUGGAGAGGUAGUGUCUGGAAGAUGAUUUAUAGAGAGUUAAUAGUAUUUUCUGCCAGUUAUUUGAUUCUGACAGUCCUAUAUCGUUUUGUGUUAGAUGAGCCUAACAAAAGGAUUUUCGAGAAGAUCGUGCAUUUUUUCUCAACUUUUGUAGAGUUAAUCCCACUAUCUUUCAUUCUCGGCUUUUAUGUGUCUUUCACGGGUACAAGAUGGUGGAGUCAGUACAGGGCCAUCCCUUGGCCUGACAAGAUAAUGAACAUAAUAGCACUGUAUGUGUCAGGAGCCGACGAGAGUAGCCGCAUGUUGCGUCGAACGUUGAUGCGUUACCUGAAUCUCUCCCUUGUUCUAGUGCUGCGUUCCAUCAGCAUGGCAGUGAAGAGGAGGUUUCCUACUAAGGAUCAUCUAAUUGAAGCUGGAUUCCUAACGAAAGCGGAACUAGAAAUGUUUCUCUCUGUGCCCUCAGUAGAAUUUAACACUUUUUGGAUUCCAUGCACUUGGUUCAUUAAUUUGCUACGAGAGGCCAGACAAGAAUGCCGAAUUACAGACUCAAACGGACUCAAGCUCAUUAUGGAGGAAUUCAAUGAAUUUCGAUCAAAGUGUGGACUACUUUGGAGUUACGACUGGAUCAGCAUUCCUCUUGUGUACACUCAGGUCGUCACAUUGGCUACCUACACUUUCUUUGUUGCCUGCGUUUUUGGUCGUCAGUAUGUCAACAGUCCAGAUCCUAUCAUCCAAGGUAAAAGACCUUUCGACUACUACGUACCGGUGUUCACAGUUUUUGAAUUUCUUUUGUAUAUGGGACUUUUAAAGGUUGCCGAACAACUCAUUAACCCAUUUGGUGACGAUGAUGAAGAUUUUGAACUAAAUUGGAUUAUAGAUCGACACAUCAAGGUGUCUUACCUUGGAGUGGACACGCUAAGCUGUGACCCACCACCGUUGGUCCGAGACUGCUAUUUUGAUGAGACUGACAUGAAGUUACCAUACACUGAGGCGUCCGUCGCUUACAAGAAGAAGACUUAUCGAGGAUCUGUUGCAUAUAUGCUAGUGCCUUCUGAGCAACAAGGUUUAGUUAUGCCUGAUAUAACAGAAGAACAGCAUGAAGAAGAUUAUAACACUUGGCAGAAACAGGGAAUCAGUCAACGUAGGGCUUCAAUUUGGACGAUAUAUGGUGGCAAAAUUAGCAAAAGCGUGAGUUCUAGUGGAAGUCUUGAAAAUAUCGAGCGAGAAUCCCUUGGUAUAUCAUCGAAUACAGAUGAAAUUGCACAAGACAGUGGCCACGAUAUAUCCUCAGGUAUCUGGGGAUGUAGUCAUCCUUCCCGAAAGCAUCACUUGCUGGAGCACUUUCUAGACCACUGUUUGCCAGUGGACUGUGACAAAACAUUUUAUGCAGACAUUUCCAUAUGUGGAGCUCUGAAAGUUGCAGACAUUCAGGGAAGACAAAAAUACCAAACAAAUGACUUACACUCAGUGUUUACUGCUGUCGACGACCAUGGAGAAGCUGGAGUGAGAAGGUUGAUCUACAUACGUCGUUUUGCCUCUGGUGCUCCAAUAUCAUUUAGCUUCCAUGAAGAUGUAGACAGUAAGAUGUUGCUUGAAGAUAAAAAUGAUUGGUCCUCUGGUGCACGAACAUGA